AUGGCGAACAACGGUGGACGGGUGGAUGCUAACCUUGGUGUAGCGACCACUUUGCAUCUCGCCUCUGGUAGAAAUGUAGUGGUCGAGGAAUGCGCGGUGAGCCUCAAGGGCGCUGCUGGUGCCGAGGAGGAUGGUGAUUAUGAAGCCUGCGGUACGGCACCCCGUCAGAGAGUUUCUAGGCACACUGUUGGGAGCACCCUUCAAGACCUUUCUAAUAUGGAAGAGCAAUACGACGACGAAGAUGAUGACGACAGCGACUGGGAGCCUGUUAUGCGCUUGAUCAGCAAGAAGUGGUUCUGCGUCAAUUGCACCAUGCCAAACUUUGACGACGUCUCCUACUGUGAUGUAUGAAUGAUUUCAUUGUUGCUUGAUACACAUGGAAUGAAUCAUUAAAUGCUUCGUUGGAAACGUGCUCUGAUGCAUAUUUUUCUUUUGAUAUUGAAGAUAUGUGGAGAGUACAAGGAGUCAAAGAUCCUUACUCAAGGGUUUUUUGCUUCUCAUUCGGCAGAGGAUCAAACAUCUACUAAGCUAGAUCUCAAAGAGAGAUGCCAAGGUUAGACUUUGCAUUUGUUCUUGUAUUUAUUGCAUAUGAAACGAGUUUUUCUUUAUUCUGGUUACUCUUCCCCCCAUUUUUUGGUAUUUCUUUUUCAUCAAUUGAUCGCAAGAACUGGCAGCUCAUAACGGUUAGGAAUUUGAAUUCUUAACAUCAAAGGCAAACCUCCAUAGCCCAGUAGUGUUCCCAAUUUUUUGUUUCUUCCUGAUAAGUCAGCAUAAAUCAGUGUCAGUACUUGCAGACUUUGCUCCUUUCUUUUGCAGAUAGGCAGGAUAAGAUUUCUGGUAAACGCUACCAUAAUUAUGUUUGAAUUGAUGUAAAAGCGCAUCAGAAAGUCGUGAAUGUUUCCUUUAUAAAUUAUCUUCAGCAAUGUUGAAUGCAUAGCUAUUAUUGGAUAGUAGUGUCUUGAUAGUUUCUUAUGUCUUGAUUCUUGGGUGUUCAUCUGACUGCACUAAGUCAUGAAUGGAUUGUUACGAUAGGUAGUUUGACCCUUCCAAGAUUUAGUUUACGGUGUGGUUGCCUCAAGGCAGCAUUGAAAAUAAAAUUAUCUGGAUUUGGGUUUAAUCAGGGGCCCCAUACAGUACAUGAUCGCGUAUGUGAAGAAAACCCUCAUAAAUGCGAAGGGAGAAGUGGCAAUUGUAAUAUGAUUCUCCCGCAACAAACUAUGAUUACUUGAUGCUACAGGGUCUUCAAGAAGAAGCUUUAAUUCGUGGUUCUGAGCACCAAUAUAUAAACGACUAUUGUGCUCUCAUGACAAUUUUCGUGACCCAAUCUAUUCUGGCAUUCGAUUGACCAUUGGGGUAAUCUUGGAUUGGUCGCCUAUACUUAAUGAAGAAUAUGAAAUAACAAAUAUUCAGUCGUUUUCUUCAUUCUCUCACGACAUUCAUUAAAGUGCAUCCGUUGCUCUUAUGAUCAACACAGCAGAUAGAAGUAAGAUCUUUGUUUAAAACUUGUACAGGUAUCCAUCAAGACGGUACUGCCAUUGGCUUUGAUGAGAGAAUGUUAUUGCAUUUUGAGGUAAGUUUUUUUUGUUAUGGUAGCCUGGGUAUCAUAUAUGCAUUCCUUUGUGAUAAAUAGAUUCCCAGUUGUUAAAUAUAAAUUAUGAGCACGACCUUGACCAUUAGAGUAAGACUGAAAUUUUGAGUGGUCCCAUAUAUUUAGGAAGGAGAUAUAUCACCUGAAAUAUAGAUAUUGGUCAAUUAAGCGGGGUUAUGCUUAAUUAUCUACUUAUGGUACUAUCAAUUAUGUAUAAUGUGUGACAUGGAUGUUGGUCAACCAGGUUUGUUGCUUUGGUUGAGGUGGACGUCCAUAUUGAAGGGUUUGCAAGUCUUAAUCCUUCUUUCCUUGUGAACUAUAAUGAUGUUUUUGUCGAUGGACGGACACGACUUGCCAAGGCCUGGUAACAUGAUUUAAAAUGAGGUCAGCUAAGGUGAUGGGAGUCAUUCUGAUUGAUGUGCAUACAUUGCUGAAUUUCUUGCUCAAUCUUUACUGAGUGGCUUUGUUCUCUCUUGUUGGAGUUUGCCCCUAUUUGUGGGGCAUCUAUCCCUACUUCCAUCAAUAGUCCUUUGGAUGCUGUAGCUCCUGCGACUGAUGACCACAAUACAGUGAUGUCAUUUCGACUGUCUAUCCUGAUGAUGAAUUUUUGUUGCCAUUGCCAGUUAAAAGAAUACGAAGUAAGAUGAGACUUUUUAUGUGCAGUUGUGUGGCCUCUUUUCAGAGAGAAUAAAUAAAUGUUUGAGGGCGAUUCAAGAAUAUCUGAGGUUCACAGUAGAGUUCAUUUCAAAUGCUCCCAUUUUAUCGUCCUGGUUUUCCUUGCCAGUCCAAAAUUUCGUCCUGUGCAAGACAUCCAAUGUGGUUAGUUUUACUGUUCUUAAUUUCAUUCUGGUGAGAAACUUUAACCUUGUAGGAAAUACAAUAUCAGAGUACUUUAGAAUCUGCUACGUGAUUUUUGAAGACGUAGUGUCCUUUUGUGCUUUUUGGGAGGGACGGGAAAGGAGAGGAUGAAACUUUACUGCUUGGUACUGGGAGGGCAUAACAUACCUAUCAUAUUUUAUUUCAGUUCCAAUGCAGUCUCAAUGUGGUGAGGAUCGUGGCCAGUUGUGCAAUAGAAUGUAGGCUCACAUUUACUUAUUAGUAGUUCUUAUUGUUUUGUUACAGGUGGAAAUGAAGUCACAUCCACAUCCUGAACGACCUGAUCGCCUUCGAGCAAUUGUGGCUAGUCUCUCGACUGCUGGUAUUUAUUCUAUACAUUCAUCUAUUGCUAGCCUUGAACCUUUUUUGUCAUUUCCAUGUGAGCUGCUAUUUCCUUUGUCUACAGGCCUAUUUCCUGGAAAAUGUUUUAGUCUUCCUGCUAGGGAAAUUACUGUGGAGGAGCUUCAGAGGGUAAGCUGAAAUUUCUUGAAAAUGUAUGAUUUAAUGGUUUUUUACUCAUUUUAUGUCAUAGAUUGUCUUCUACAGACUUUUGUUUGACGCUCUUUAGUAUUGGUAACAGAUGCCUUUUAUUCUUACAAAACUACCAUGUCAGGAAAUAUGUGGUGUAUUUGGUUCUGCCACGGCUAUGAUAAUCAUUGUAAUAGUGUUCCUAGGGUCCCUUAGUGCACCAUCAGAUGGCAGCUAACAUUUUUUUUUUGAAAUAAAAUAGAUCAAAUUGGCUUGCCAUUAAAAGAAUGACUAUAAUUGACUUCUCUAUGCUUUCAUUGGCAUGCAGGUUCAUUCUUUAGACCAUGUGGAAUCAGUCGAGAGUACACGAAAUUUGCUACUGAGGUGCACAACAUUAUUUCUUGAAUGGUUCACUCUUCUAAAUGAACUGUUGGAUUAGUUUGCUUUUCUCUCUUCUUUUCUUUUCUAAAUAUUUAUAUGAUUUUUUUUGAUUUCCAUGAAGAUCCAUUGGCAUUUCUUUGUUUUAAUGAAAUGUGCAGUGUCUCAUCAUAAACAUGAAAUGUGAAUAGGCAAUUCCUUUUUCCUUUAUGAGAUUUUUGUUCAUAUUUCUGAGAAAAGAAAAGAAACUAUAGUUGAUUGUUGUUAGCCAUUCAGAUAAACAACUUUUUUUGAUGGUCUUUCUGGUCGCAUAUGGAUAAAGUUGAAGUUCUGCUUGACCCUCUACAUUGCCAAGAAUCUUUUCGUUUUUCUUAAAGAUUUUUGAGGGUUUGCCCAAAGAAUUUAUAGACGAAAGUAUUCGUGGAGCCUGAAUAUUUUGUGCACCUGAUUCUUUACAGAUUUGUGUACUUUUAUAUUUUGAAGGGAACUUCAGUGGAUGCUCGUAUUUUAUUGGAAAUUUAUCACCCACUGAGCUAACUUUGUAGAUAUGGUUAGGAUGCUCAGAAUGUUCGUUGAACUAGUUUCUUUGCUGUACACGUUUACCUGAAUAGCUUCUCAUGGUUUUCUACUUCCAUAUCUUGAGUGGUUGUUAAUUUCUAUCAUUUUAUUGUUGUGGUAUCAAAAUCAUGGAAGGAUAUGCUUCUUUGGUUAAAUGCUUCCACUCAAAUCUAAUUAUACUUAUUGUAAUGUUCAUCCCUUUGGUUCAUGUUUCGAAACAAUGUUUCUAUGUAAUCUCAGAUGCCUUAUUGGAGUAGGAUGAGAUGUGCUGUGGAUGAUAUGCUAAUCUUGUUGCAUAUUUUAACCUGCAUGCUAAAUUAACAGCUAUUUUACCCCGGACACAUAUGCCAAUGAACACUCAGCAUGUGCUGCAAGACUUGCAGCAGGUGUGUGUUCAGAUCUCGCUUCAGCAAUCAUGUCUGGGCGUGCUAGGAAUGGUUUUGCACUGGUAGGUUAUCACAUUACUAUCAUUGUUGUUACUUCACAGUUGAAUUCAUAAUUUUCACAUUGUGCUUGGCGCAUGACUCAGUUCUUUUGGAAGUUAGGUUAGGCCUCCUGGGCAUCAUGCUGGUGUAAAGCAAGCAAUGGGUUUCUGCCUACACAAUAAUGCAGCUGUUGCAGCAUUGGCAGCCAUGGCCGCUGGUGCCCAGAAAGUAUUAAUUGUUGACUGGGUAAUGAUGUUCCUUGCUUCAUAAGUUUAUUUUUCAUUUAUUUAUUCUAUUAACUGGUUUUAUUUUAAUUUUUCUGUUAUCUCAUGUUAAUUUCUUGUGCUUAGAUAAUGAUUUAUACUGUCUGCAGGAUGUACAUCAUGGAAAUGGUACACAAGAAAUAUUUGAGGCAAACAAGUCGGUGAGUCUUGAUGCAAAUUUCUCCUGGAUUGUAUCGUAAACCAUUUCUAAUCUUAAAUUGUAGUGCUGGAUGUCAUGGAGAUAAGCUUGAAAGCAUGAAACACUUGUAUAUUAUCCACAGGAUUAAGAGUCCACUUAUCUGUCCUCUGAAUCAUGAUACCAAAAAUGUGUUUCCUCAUGUCUGUCAUUCUUUCUUUUAGGUACAUGUUCCCUUACGUUUUAUCUUUUCUCUACUUUUAAGUUUAAAGCCCGUAUGAAUUAUUUUGUUCAACGGUUGAUUCAUUUUGUUUUUUUUUUGUUUCUUCUAGAAUGCAAAUUGUUAUUUUUUAAAGUUAUAAUUGCAUUCUCGAAGCAGGUGCAUUUAUUGUUCGUAUCUAUUGCUUUCGCUUGUAGAUUUCAUUUUAGCAGAUUGUAUAAUAUUUUUUGGCUCUUGUUUAUCUAGGUACUCUAUGUGUCCCUGCAUAGACACGAAAAUGGAAGGUUCUACCCAGGAACAGGAGCGGCUCAAGAUGUAUCUAUUUUUCAUUUUAAUUAUGUCUAAGAUUUUUUUUCCUUGUUCACUAAAUAAAAUAAUAGACCCUUCCUUAACAUAUAUAGCCAACUUGUCCACUAUAUCUCAUAGAUUGCAUAGUCGAACAACUUGAUUGAAUCUGUAUGGGAAUCCAUCACAUCAUUGUUCUUUGAGUUACUAAAUCACGUUGUCUUGGUUUACCCGCAUCCUGUUAUUUUCCGUUUCAAAAUAGGCAUGCCAUCCUGGCAUCUUGGCUCAUUCUCGUCCUUAACAACUAUUUAGUCAGUGACCGUGAAGUAUAACAACAAAUUAAUAAGUAUCACAAUUUUUUGGUGCAGCAAUUUAGAUUUCAAAAUGCUUACGUUAAGCUAACUUGUCAUGUAUUAUUAUAUUUUCAUUGGUUUUCUUUUGAUUGUCUUUAUUGAAAGAAUAUGCGUGGUUAUUUGAAUUUAGCCUAGCAUCACUCAUGGCUGGUUGCUGAGUGGCCUCUUUUGCAUACAUUGAUUACUAUUUUUCGUAAGUGCAGAGAAAGGUCACACAAAGGCAUAAUGAUCUCUGGCAUACUAAUAUCAGACAUAUCUUUAGAGAUGUAUUUUGUGUUAAUAGACUGGUUUCCUUCUUUCAUUUGCAUCAUAUUGAAUUAUCAUUGAAUGAUUUUCCCGAUAUGGGAUUGAUAUUUUUCAUCUUAUCAAGGUUACUAAGGUGGUGACUUAUUACCAUCUUGGUUAGGUAACAUGUCCUGAUAAUCAAGAAAAGUUAAAUCUACUACUUAAAAUUCAAAUUGAAGGAUAUCUAGGGAAGGGUAAUUGAUGAUUUUAUCUUAUUCCAAUGUUUUUGUGGCAUCUAUGAAGAUAUAUAUGUUUAUAGGAAUUAGAAAUAAACUCUGCUCGAUAAGGCGUUAUAAAAGUGCAACUCAUUGACAGAAUAGCUGCUUGGACUAAUUUUGGAUCAUUGUUCGGGCAGGGGGGGGGGUUCCGCAAAAAUAUUAGUAGAAAAUGAAUUUUUUAGUUUACCCUUUCAAAAGAUUGCACGUUACUAGUUGUAAGCUGUAAAUUUUUUAAUUAUUAAGUAACAAUACAUAUAGAUUGCAGUAACAUUUAUGGUUCAAGGACUUCACUACAGUUUGCCACUGCUUUUAAAGACGAAACUCAGUUUACUCCAAUAAUUAUUAGGUUAUCGUCUUUUUGUUCCCAGAUGUGAAACUUUGUCAAGGCUUAACAGCCACCUGAAACCUAAAAAUCAUUGUGGUAAAAAUGUAUUAAUCAGGUAACAGAUAUGUAAUGUUUUUCGCUGGACUUUCUUCUUGGACUUCUAAGAGUUGGGUAGCCUAAGAUUCUUGUGUCAAAUGGCCAUCUUCACUUUGAGCUGCUAAAGUCGGUGGGUUUCCACUUUUUACUAUGCCACCAGCUUGUUCACCAUGUGUCACUACGUCAUCAACUUAUCUGUGCCUUUUAUAAAAAAAUAUUUACUUUUGAUAUUACUUUUACUUUUGCAGGUUGGCAUUAUGGAUGCUAAAGGCUACUGUGUAAACAUUCCUUGGAAGAAUGGGGGUGUUGGGGACAAUGACUACAUUUUUUCAUUCCAGCAUGCUGUACUUCCUAUUGGUAUUUUUCUAGCCUAAUGACUGUAUAUUGUUAGGGAUAUGAAGUUUGUACCGGUAUUCUGUGCUGAAAGGUUAUUAUAACUGUGGCGUUUUUGAUGGGUAGUUUAAGAUUGAACCUCAUAAGAUCAUGUUUUUCAAGGUGAGAAACAGGUAGGUAGUGUUAUAUGUUGUGCUAAGAAACAGUUGGGCAUUGAAGCAAUUGAGCAUUCUCCCCUGUAAGAUGAAGUUGUAGUCUAGUCUGUUGGGUCAGUCAAUGUGUAAGGCUAAAGCAGAACUUUAGUGAGCGUUUUGGUGGGACAUUGUCUGGUCAUAGAGGUUCCACAUGAACUGAAUGCGAUAUAGUGUUGCUGUUUGACCCUGACCGCUUCCGUCUUUAUUUUAGUGGCGCAAGAAGCUACUAACAUUGAUGACAGAAUGUACAUUUUGGGACGAGCUCUGUGAACUCCCUCUGCAUCAUCAAAGUAAGAUAAGAUUAUAAAUCACUACCAUUUAAUUGGCCAGAUUCUCAUAAAUGGACCUCUUCACCAAUUCAAAGAUUAGUCCUAUGAGAAAUCUCAAGUAGAAAAGGUUCAGCCAUAUAAUGCCUACCGCGUGGUUGCUUCUUUACCCCCAUUAUUUGUCCUAUUAUAUGCAGUUAAUCAACCAACUCCUUAGAACGUGAAUGCUCGUGGAAUGCUACUAACUCUUAUGAGCUUCCUUCAAUUAUCGUUAAUGAUCCACUCUCUGAAUGUUGCUGAUCGAGCAGAAAAUAGUUUCUCCGAGUCUGAUCUGAUUUUAUGACCUUUUCAUGAACGAGUUAUUUGAUUUUAUGAUCUAAUGCGUCAUGCUGACGAUGGCUAGUACACUUGAGAGUGGGCUGUUCAUUUGUUGCCGAUUGAAUUAUUAUGGUCGAAUUUUAUUUUCUGCGACUGUUUUGGUUUAUUUUCAAGCUUUCAUCGUAUUUUGAUAACGUCUUUCUUUGGACUGCCAGAUUAAUACAUCUGGUGUUUUGACUUGCUUUUUCAUCAUCCACGCUUCUACAAUAUCUGAUAAACUUAAAUUACCUUGUGCAGCUUCAGCAUUUGCUCCAGAUUUGACUAUUAUAUCUGCGGGAUUUGAUGCUGCGCGAGGCGAUCCUCUUGGCUCCUGUGAUGUAGGCCCUUUGCCUUUAUUAGUGAAUAAAGAUUCCUAUUUCCCUGCCACGAUAGAAUUCGAUAACAUUGUCAUUCUAUGUGAUUGUAUAUUUCGAUGACCCGUUUAAUCUUUUUAUUAUUGCAGUCUAAACCAUAAAUUGGCCCAUUUUGCCUCUUGUCUUUAGAAAAAGGGCUUGCCUGUAGAUUCCUAUCUUGAACUCAUUCAAGAUAAUCAUUUGGGCCGAGGUAGUGAGCGUCAUCCAAUCACAGGACCAGUUUAAACUAUCAAAUUUUCCUGGGGCCUACUUGUGGAAUGCAUUUACCCAUGAGUAAACUACCAAACACAUGGAUGGAGUUUUGUUACUUGCCACAAAGGAUUGCUUGCGUCCAGUCUCUUGGCCAGAAAAAUUCAUGCCUCCAGCAUACUUCUCAGGCUAAUACUGUAUCACAAAUACUAUUGAUUCGCACUCUAUUGGCCAGACAUGCCUCCUGAAUUUCUAUUUUUUAUUAUUUCAUUAUGUUUUUGUUACAAGGAAUGUAGUGACCAUCAAUGUCAACACGUCCAUAUUUCUUCUGCUACCACUGUAACAUGGCAUCAAAUAUUUCUUUUCGAACUUGGUCUUUUGAGAUUGUACUGUCAUGUGAAAUCCUCUGCACAGGAUUUUUGGCCUUCAUUUGUCUGUGACGGCCUCAAAUUCAAGAAGUCAUCUAAUGGCCUCUACCUAUUACUUCUGCGUUGAUAGCACUGCUUCAAAUUCCUAAUCUUCAUGCUUGAAUAGUUGGUGGCGCCAUACUCUUCUCGCUUUACAAUGAGACAUUUUCUUUUGAAUUUUGUACGAAUUAACUAAACUCAUGGACACUUUAUUUUCAGGUAACCCCUGAUGGUUAUGCUCAAAUGACACAUAUGUUGAAGGAUGUCUCACAGGGGCGGUUAUUGGUUGUUCUCGAAGGGGGGUGAGUGCUCUUCAUGUGUUUUGCUGUGUGGUGUGUUCCCAAGCUUGUAUCAGUAUGGAGUUAAUAUUACUUUCGUCUUCUGCAGGUAUAACCUCCGUUCUAUAUCUUCCUCGGCUACUGCGGUUGUAAAGGUAGAAUAUGUUUGGGGGAAUUCUCACAUUCACAUACGUUAAUUAGCCCUUGUUUUAUCCAAGCAUAAAAAAAUACCUCUUGAGAAUAUUAUACAAACCUUUGGUGAAGUUUACUCGUUGCUCUUACUGGAGUGUUUUCAAUCGAAGCCCAUUGAAGGCAGAACAGAUGAAGAAAUAAACGAAAUAUGUCAAUUUUACUACAUAUUUUUUCAUAGUCUUUUUGCCUUUUGAUUUGUCUUCGAUUAUCUUGAAGGUACUCCUUGGAGAUGAGCCCGCGUGUGAGAUGCAGGAUGUCCUGCCUUCAAGAACAGGAUUGCAAACCAUUCUGGAAGUGUUGACCAUACAGCUCGAGUACUGGCCCAUGCUGAAGUCAACCUACGAGAAAAUACAGCGCCAGUGGGAUUCGUUGCCCUCCAUGAAGAUAAGUGAGUAUACGUGAGGGCCAUCUAUUUAUUACCCCGUUUCCUUGAAAGUCAGCCUUUCGAUUUUCUUCCUAUCAUAUAUAUUUUAUUGAAAUGCCUGGGUAUUAAUUACCAUGGAUUAUCGUACGAAAACCGAAGGAAAAUAUGAAGGUGGAUUGAAGGUGUGAUCCCCUGGGUAUUAUCAGCUCCCUUCCACCAUAGUCACUAAGAAGAAGAAAAAGAAGCAGAGAGAUAUAUUAGUCAUCACUGCGACUGGCAUGUGGCGAAUGUGAUGUUCUAAUUUUCUUGAUUGAACUCGAAAACGGUGUCUUUAUGCACAUCACGUGAUAGAGUUUGGAGAACGACUUUGCCUUGGCCGUUUCUGAUUCUUAGUUGAUGAGGACAUUGGAGUCAACCCUGCACCGGUCGUGGUCUAUACACCUGAAUGAACCGCAUGGCUGGACUUGGUGAAUAAAGUAAUUGGGUUUUCUUUGCUGACUUUUCUAGUUCAUUUAAGUUCAGUUUAUCUUUUACUAUUUUGGCCGUUUCUAGGAGUAUCUAAUAUCUAUUAGUGUAUCCCUACUCUUUUCACUACAUUCCAGCCCAUUUGCUAUAGGAGACGUUGAGAAUUGUAGGCCAGAUUUUUAAGAGCGCUGCGACCCUUCAAAGGUCUUAUCUUACGCCCAUAAGAGUAGAUGGUCCUAGAUCCAUCUAGGAGGGGGGUCGCCGCUGUUUGAUCUGGUGUGAGAUGGGGACCCCCAAAGUGUGAAGUGUUUGAUCCCUAGCAUCCUUCAAUCUAUGUGGGAUCUGUCUCCAUAGGAAGUGACUGUUUCUUCCCCGUUACUGGUUCUUUGAGUAGUAGAUCAUACGACUGCUGUAGGAUGAACAAGCUCAUGAACUGGUGAGAGCAGAGCAGAAGUGGAUGGGAGGGGGUGUGUUGAGUUGUUCCAUUUUGUUUGUGCCCACGGCAUCUUGUAUCAGCAUCUCGACCUUGACAAUGUCGGUCUUGUGCAGGUCAAGUGUCGGGGAUGCGAGGAUCUCUUGAGUUUGGAGCAUCAUCUCCCCCUGGGGAAACUGGUGCAGUGGGGGAGUGAAGAUGAGAGAAGGGAUCUCGGAUGUUGCAGAGAUCUUGUUCAUUCCGAAGCUGGUAUGGUAAGAUGCCACCCAUGCUAAGGCCGGAAUGGGAGGGGGAGAUAUAUAUAUAGUUAGCGUCUAUCUCUAGGAGGUUCCAUUGAACUUUCUCUCUCUCUCUCUCUCUCUCGCCUCUGUCUAUCUCUAGGAGGUUCCAAUGAACUUCCUCUCUUUUGGGAAAGGCUGACAGAUAUCCUUCGAGAGGUUUCUGAAGAUAGGAAUUUAUCAUUACAAGCAUACAUAUUUUAAAGAGAUGUAUAGAAUGUGCCACCAUUGCGAAUGGAUGUAUGAAUGAAACACUGCAUGGAGUUGACCUCUAUCUCUGGAUUUGCUUCUUUUAAUUAUUGUGUUGACUAAAUCUCGCUUCGUGCUGACCCAGAGGAGACCAGGAGGAAGAGGCGGACCACCCCGCUCGGGCCCAUCUGGUGGAAGUGGGGGAGCAAGCGGCUGGCCUACAAUCGGCUCUACAGGAGAGCCCCCUGA